AUGAACAGGAAAGAGGAAAAGCUGAAGUCAGAUACCAAAGCAUUGCUUAAGAAACGGAGAGAAAUGAAAAGAGUGACAACAAGAGAAAAGAUAGAAUAUUCAGAACUGUGCAAGACAAUCAGGAAGAAAACAAGACAAAAUCUUAGAGAAGCAAACACCAAGAGAAUCAGAGAAGCAGUUGAAAGUGGCAAAGGGUUGAAAAAGAGCACAACAGGAGAUGGAAAGAAGGCUCUGAUUCAAGCACUGAAGGAGAAGGAUGGAAAGGUAACAACAGACAGAAAAGAAUCCUCGAGAUGUGCAGAAUUCUAUCAGGCACUAUCGAAGAUCCCUCCCAAAACAUUCAGUUGA